ACUUUUUGACAGCCUGCAACAGCAAUAUACCGGAAAUGACGUAUAUCACCGCCGUAUUCAAACUUGUUUUGAAGCGAUAGGAAGGAAGACAGAACCGUUUAAAUCUGAAGAAUACACUCCAAAAAAUGACUUCUAGAAAUGCAAAAGCUGCCAUUACCAGCAAAUUAGGCAUAAAAUUAGGUGUCUCCAAGUCCGACACAGAGAUUGAUAAACUCAGAAAAGAAAAUGCACUCCUUAAAAAGACCAUGGACGAAAUUUCAAAACGAAAAGGCAAGCUAACUGAUAUGGAAAGAAACCAGCUUUUAGAGACCAUUCUUAAACUUGAAACUUUAAAAGAAAAGAACACCCAGCAGCUUGCAGCCAAGGAAAAUGAAGUUAUUACUCUUAGGCAGCAGCUGAAGCAGAAUGGGGAUGUUGUCACCUUGCGUGCUCAGCUGGCUGAAAAGAAUAAGGAGGCAGAAAGGAGAGAGCAAUUAUUUAAGUCUCUUGCCGAGGAGACAGAGAGUGUGAAAAAUAAGUAUGCUGCAAUUGCUGCCAAAUGCCAAGAGUUUGAAAAUCAAGUUGUUGGAAAUGAAGUAUCAUCACAGAAUUGCAAAACUGAAGCAAAAACUUCAACUGAAAUGGUAGUGAUUCAGGAACAACUAAGAGAUGCUCUAGACAAGAACCAACAGUGGCUGGUUUAUGACCAGCAGCGUGAGGCCUAUGUUAAGGGAUUGCUGUCAACAAUAUUUGAGCUAGAGCAGAAGUUAAGUCAAGCCAACCAAUCACUCCAACAACGACACAAAGAAGGCAAUUCAGAAGAAAACAAUCCUGACAAAAAACAAGAGUACCAUGACAAGGUUUUACUAACAGCCAAAAAGGAUCUUGAGGCACAAAAGACCACUGUGAGCCAAUUACAGCAUGAGCUGUCUGAAUUAAGAAAGAAAUAUGACCAACAAUCAAGAGAAGUAAAAGAUCUAAAUCUACAGCUCCAUUCAGAACGCAUAAAUAGCAGGCAGUAUGUCGAUGAUGAGAAGAAGCGCAUGGGGGACAAAGUGCAGAGGCUGAAAGAAGAGCUUGAAAAUGCCAAAGUUCGAUUUGAGGAGGAAAGGAAAAGAUCAUCUGAGCUGUCCAAAAGAUCAUCAGAUUUGUCAUCACAGGUGAAUCUCCUUCAGAAAUCAUUGUUAAGCCAACAGGAAGAGCAAACGAGAAUUGCUGUCCUGGAGCAGCAGAUCCAUAUGUCCACUAAAGACUUUGAAAGUGAAAAACUGGAUCGACAGAGUUUACAACAACAGCUACAUAAAGUGUUAAAGGAACUACGCAAAGCAAGAGAACAGAUAACGAGGUUGGAAACAACGAAACAGCUGCAAGAGUUUCGUCUAUCUGAGCCUAGCUGCAGCAACACACAUGAGUUUGAUCAGCCACCUAUGCAGGAUCCUGCUUUGUACCAUACAUCCUCUCCCAAGAUCUCCAAUCUUCUUGACGAGAGUUUUCUGGAGUGCCCAAGAUGCAGAGCCAAAUAUCCAACCAGUCGGCAUCGUGAGCUGCUAACACACAUUGAUUACUGUUUAGAAUAACCCUGUUAAGGGAAAUAUUUUUGAAUGUUUGUAUACAGAACAUGCUUCCUUUUAUUAUGAUCUGGAGUGUUUAUAUUCAGGUCUUUUUUUUAUAUAAAAGCAAACCCUACUAUUUUUUUACUAUGUGCACUACUACUGCUGCUGCUCAAAGCCAAUUUUAAUAUAUAAUGCAGAUUUCUUUUUUUUUUUUUUUUUUUAUGUUUUAUUUUUAUUUGUUGUGGACUUUAGCCCUUGAUUAAAAAAUAAAUACUGUAUACUAGUCUGUUUGGACAUACAUUUCUGAAAGGCUAAUUUGUAUUUAGUUUAUAUUAAAAUGAACGAGACAUCCAUAAUAAGUGUUACUAAAUUCUCCUGGUUAACAUUGAAUACAAAUGAAUGUGUAAGUCAGUAUGAAAAUGUGUGUUGUUUGCCAUAAAAGUAGUUUUGGAUGCUGGGGCUUAAAGUUCAAUAAUGUAGUUUUAUUGUUAAUGGAGGUGUUUUUAUUUAAAACCUGUUUAAGCGCUGUUAAGGUUUCUAUGUGGAUGUGCUGCAUAUUUUAACACUGCCUUUUUCUAAAGCACUCUAGGUCACGCCCUGGUAUAAGGUAUAUUUUGGAACAGACUAAACAAUCCUGUACUUUGUACAACAGAUCUAUGGCUGAAAUUAGAUUGCAUAAGUAAACCCUUGCAUUAUACUAUUUUAGGCACUAGAUUAAAGUAGCUAACUAAGGUUAAGUAAAUCUUGCACCAGAAUCGGUGUACAAGAGUUUGAUUGCCAGAUAACUGAGAGAACGCAGAAGGUAUUGUUGAGAUAAACCCUAUUUUAGUCCCUUAUGCUUUAUUGGAUUAAUUAUUUUCCCAUCACAAUGUAUGUUGAAAGAAUAAAGCAGUAUUUGAUUUAUGACUGAGAGAUUGUUUAUGCAUAUCAAUAAAUAAUUUUGUGAAGCCUUACAUUGCUUAAACUAUCAAUAUUCUAGAACAAUGUGUUUUAUUUUUUCACAAUAAAUCUCCUGCUUUCA